GUGGCAGCGCAGUGGUGACAUUUUUGCCUCUGCCAUGUCGCCGGUUGCCUGCUCGCUGCUUUCGUUUGUGGCACUCCUUGCUGUUUCCAAAGCCGUCGUUUCUCCUGUAGAAGAAAACGGACCAUGCUCUAAAUUCAUAAUGGACGUUACUUCGGCAAACGGGGGAUCCUAUAAUGGUAUUGACGAGAUCAAGUUCCAGUUUGAAGCAAACAAGGAUGAAGUACUGCACAGUGUUAGAAACUACUGCAAACAACUAGGCUCAGAAGUGGCCAAGCAGAUAGUGGAAGCGUGCAAUGAAGACUAUCAUAUGAAGACAAAACCAAAACUGGCGCCGCUGGGUCCGGAGGUUCUGUCACCGGUGUAUGCGACAUGUGAGGGUGUUCCGGAUUGCGGGCUCAUAGUCAUCCACGUCACGCAAGUGUGCGAUCAGUUAACGCUUGCUAAACGAUGA